CGCGCGCGGUGCACGUAGCGCGCGAGUGACGCAUAAUAUGUGGGCCGCUGUGGAGCCGUGGUCGCGCUGUGUGUGUAUGUGAGUGAAGAGUGAGUGCGGGACCUGAGGCUGUGUGUGUGAACUGUGGCCACUGGCGGGGUCGCGGGGGGGCAGUGGCGGAGCCGCCUCGGACGAUAAGGAAAUUGAGAUUUGGAGAAGUUAAAUAACCAAGACUUCACAGGCAAAGCCAUGACUACAGUAGUGGUACAUGUGGACUCCAAAGCUGAGCUCACUACCCUGCUGGAGCAGUGGGAAAAGGAACAUGGCAGUGGGCAGGACAUGGUACCUAUCCUUACCAGGAUGUCUCAAUUGAUUGAAAAAGAAACUGAAGAGUAUCGUAAAGGGGAUCCAGACCCAUUUGAUGAUCGACAUCCUGGUCGAGCUGAUCCAGAGUGUAUGCUGGGCCACUUGCUGAGAAUACUCUUCAAGAAUGAUGAUUUCAUGAAUGCACUGGUGAAUGCAUACGUGAUGACAAGCCGAGAGCCCCCUUUAAACACUGCAGCUUGCAGACUCCUACUAGACAUCAUGCCAGGGCUGGAAACUGCUGUUGUCUUUCAAGAAAAGGAGGGCAUUGUCGAGAAUCUUUUCAAAUGGGCCCGAGAGGCUGAUCAGCCAUUGAGGACAUACUCUACUGGACUGUUAGGAGGUGCUAUGGAAAAUCAAGACAUUGCUGCCAACUAUAGAGAUGAAAAUUCACAGCUGGUGGCAAUAGUGCUUCGAAGACUGAGGGAGCUACAGCUACAGGAAGUGGCUUUGCGGCAGGAAAACAAGCGUCCCAGUCCACGGAAGCUCUCUUCUGAACCCCUUUUGCCUCUGGAUGAGGAGGCUGUGGAUAUGGACUAUGGUGACAUGGCUGUAGAUGUAGUGGAUGGAGACCAAGAGGAAGCUUCUGGAGACAUGGAGAUCUCCUUUCAUCUUGAUUCAGGCCACAAGACCAGUAGCAGAGUGAACUCAACAACCAAACCUGAGGAUGGAGGAUUAAAGAAAAACAAGUCAGCAAAACAGGGUGACAGAGAGAACUUUAGGAAAGCCAAGCAAAAGUUGGGUUUCUCAUCUUCUGAUCCAGAUCGCAUGUUUGUUGAGCUGUCUAACAGCAGCUGGUCAGAAAUGUCCCCCUGGGUGAUUGGCACCAAUUAUACCCUUUAUCCUAUGACUCCUGCUAUCGAGCAGCGACUCAUUCUCCAGUAUUUGACCCCUCUAGGAGAGUAUCAGGAGCUACUUCCCAUAUUCAUGCAACUUGGAUCACGGGAGCUGAUGAUGUUCUAUAUUGACCUGAAGCAAACUAAUGAUGUCCUGCUUACAUUUGAGGCACUAAAGCACCUAGCAUCUCUCCUGCUCCAUAACAAAUUUGCCACAGAAUUUGUUGCGCAUGGUGGAGUACAGAAAUUACUGGAAAUACCUCGUCCUUCUAUGGCUGCAACCGGUGUAUCUAUGUGUUUGUAUUACCUAUCCUACAAUCAGGAUGCCAUGGAAAGAGUUUGCAUGCAUCCCCACAAUGUUCUGUCUGAUGUGGUGAACUAUACCCUGUGGUUAAUGGAGUGUUCUCAUGCUUCAGGAUGCUGCCAUGCUACCAUGUUUUUUUCAAUUUGCUUCUCAUUUCGGGCCGUCUUGGAGCUCUUUGACCGCUAUGAUGGUCUUCGUCGUCUGGUGAACUUGAUCAGUACUUUGGAGAUUCUAAAUUUGGAAGAUCAGGGUGCACUUCUGAGUGAUGAUGAAAUAUUUGCUAGCCGCCAAACUGGGAAACAUACCUGCAUGGCCUUGCGCAAAUACUUUGAGGCUCACCUGGCCAUUAAAUUGGAACAAGUGAAGCAGUCACUUCAGAGGACUGAGGGUGGCAUUCUUGUCCACCCGCAACCCCCGUACAAGGCUUGCUCAUAUACUCAUGAACAGAUUGUGGAAAUGAUGGAAUUUUUGAUAGAAUAUGGCCCAGCACAGCUAUAUUGGGAACCAGCUGAAGUCUUCCUCAAACUUUCUUGUGUGCAACUCUUGUUGCAGCUUAUUUCUAUUGCCUGCAAUUGGAAGACCUAUUAUGCAAGGAAUGACACUGUGCGCUUUGCUUUGGAUGUCCUGGCUAUUCUUACUGUGGUCCCUAAAAUCCAGCUCCAGUUGGCAGAAUCAGUGGACGUGUUGGAUGAGGCUGGAUCUACAGUCUCUACUGUAGGUAUCAGCAUUAUUUUGGGAGUGGCUGAGGGUGAGUUCUUCAUCCAUGAUGCUGAAAUUCAGAAGUCAGCACUUCAGAUUAUCAUCAAUUGUGUUUGUGGCCCAGAUAACCGCAUAUCCAGUAUUGGUAAAUUUAUCUCUGGUACUCCUCGGAGAAAGCUGCCUCAGAACCCCAAAAGCAGUGAGCACACCCUGGCCAAGAUGUGGAAUGUGGUUCAGUCCAACAACGGCAUCAAGGUGCUCCUGUCCUUACUGUCCAUUAAGAUGCCCAUCACAGAUGCAGACCAGAUCCGGGCCCUGGCCUGCAAGGCCCUGGUGGGCCUGUCUCGCAGUAGCACUGUCCGGCAGAUCAUCAGUAAACUGCCCCUUUUCAGCAGCUGCCAGAUCCAGCAGCUGAUGAAGGAGCCUGUGCUGCAGGACAAGCGCAGUGACCAUGUCAAGUUCUGCAAGUAUGCUGCUGAACUCAUUGAACGGGUGUCAGGAAAACCACUUCUCAUUGGCACUGAUGUUUCCCUAGCACGACUGCAGAAAGCAGAUGUUGUUGCCCAGUCAAGGAUCUCCUUCCCUGAGAAAGAGCUGCUUUUGUUGAUACGAAACCAUCUUAUUUCUAAAGGGCUUGGAGAAACAGCAACCGUGCUGACAAAAGAGGCCGACCUGCCCAUGACUGCUGCCUCCCAUUCUUCUGCCUUUACCCCAGUCACUGCUGCUGCUUCUCCUGUCUCUCUACCCCGAACCCCUCGUAUCGCUAAUGGCAUUGCAACUCGACUGGGCAGCCAUGCUGCCGUGGGUGCCUCUGCCCCUUCUGCCCCCACUGCCCAUCCUCAGCCACGGCCUCCCCAGGGUCCACUAGCUCUGCCCGGCCCAUCUUAUGCUGGCAACUCCCCUUUGAUUGGUAGGAUCAGUUUUAUCAGAGAGAGGCCGUCACCCUGUAAUGGCAGGAAAAUCAGAGUGUUGCGGCAGAAGUCGGACCAUGGCGCCUACAGCCAAAGCCCAGCCAUAAAAAAGCAGCUGGACAGACAUCUUCCUUCCCCACCUACGCUGGACAGUAUAAUCACAGAGUAUCUUAGAGAACAACAUGCUCGCUGCAAGAAUCCAGUUGCCACUUGCCCACCUUUCUCCCUCUUUACUCCUCACCAAUGUCCUGAGCCAAAACAGAGGCGGCAAGCGCCAAUAAACUUUACCUCAAGGCUAAACCGCAGGGCAUCAUUUCCAAAGUAUGGAGGGGUGGAUGGCGGAUGCUUUGAUAGGCACCUUAUCUUUAGCAGAUUCCGUCCUAUUUCAGUGUUCCGGGAAGCCAAUGAAGAUGAGAGUGGCUUCACCUGCUGUGCAUUCUCAGCUCGGGAGCGGUUCCUGAUGCUUGGCACCUGCACAGGGCAGCUGAAGCUCUAUAAUGUGUUUAGUGGACAGGAGGAGGCCAGCUAUAACUGUCACAACUCAGCCAUCACACAUCUUGAACCUUCCAGGGAUGGGUCCUUGCUGCUGACAUCUGCUACUUGGAGCCAGCCUUUGUCUGCACUUUGGGGAAUGAAAUCAGUAUUUGAUAUGAAGCAUUCCUUCACAGAAGAUCACUAUGUUGAGUUCAGUAAGCACUCCCAGGAUCGGGUCAUCGGCACAAAAGGAGACAUUGCCCACAUUUAUGAUAUUCAGACUGGCAACAAGCUGUUGACUCUGUUUAACCCAGAUCUUGCCAACAACUACAAGAGGAACUGUGCCACCUUUAAUCCUACAGAUGAUCUUGUCUUAAAUGAUGGCGUCCUCUGGGAUGUCCGCUCUGCACAGGCCAUCCACAAGUUUGACAAGUUCAAUAUGAACAUCAGUGGUGUUUUCCAUCCAAAUGGACUGGAGGUGAUCAUUAAUACUGAGAUUUGGGACCUUCGAACUUUUCAUCUUUUGCAUACUGUUCCUGCUCUGGAUCAGUGUCGCGUGGUGUUCAAUCACACGGGAACAGUGAUGUAUGGAGCUAUGUUGCAGGCAGAUGAUGAAGAUGACUUAAUGGAAGAGAGGAUGAAAAGCCCCUUUGGGUCAUCCUUCCGAACAUUUAAUGCAACUGACUACAAACCUAUAGCAACCAUUGAUGUGAAACGGAACAUCUUUGACCUAUGUACAGACACCAAAGACUGCUAUCUUGCUGUCAUUGAGAAUCAAGGCAGCAUGGAUGCCCUGAACAUGGACACAGUAUGCAGGCUGUAUGAAGUGGGCAGGCAGCGUCUGGCAGAGGAUGAGGAUGAAGAGGAGGACCAGGAAGAGGAAGAACAGGAGGAAGAAGAUGAUGAUGAAGAUGAUGAUGACACUGAUGAUUUAGAUGAGCUUGACACUGACCAGUUGCUGGAGGCAGAGUUGGAAGAGGAUGACAAUAAUGAGAACGCAGGGGAAGAUGGGGACAAUGACUUCUCUCCGUCUGAUGAGGAGCUAGCAAACCUUCUAGAGGAGGGAGAGGACGGGGAGGAUGAAGACUCUGAUGCAGAUGAGGAGGUGGAACUGAUCCUGGGGGACACUGACAGCUCUGACAACUCUGAUUUGGAAGAUGACAUCAUCUUAUCCCUGAAUGAGUGAGGAACCAUCACUGCUUGGAAGAGAUUCUUGGCAGGCGAGAAACUGAGUCAAAUGAAUUCAGAACAUAUUCCCUUCUCUUUCUCCCAGGGCUGUCUGUCUUUUAAGGAGCUGCAUGCCCUGCAUUCAGAGGAUUAUGGCUUAGAGAGCCUCAUUGGCAUCCGAGAGUCCUUCCAGAAACAAUAACAACCACAAAAAUGACAACAGGGACUAGGCCCUACUCUGCACCCCCGACCCCCACCCCACACCAUUUCCUAGAAUGGACAUAUCUUUCAAGGGAAAAAAAAAAAACAUGUCUCUGGGGUAUUUCACAAUAUAUUUUCUUUGUAUAAUGUUCUUUACUUAAAGAACAAGAAAUAGUUUUUUAUAAAACUUUAAAAAGGAAAAAAAAACAGGCAUUUAUAACUGAGGGUAUGAACUUAUAUCCACCAGGUCUCUUGUCCCUGCACUUCAUUUUCUUUGAAAGAAAAUGAUGUCUAAAUAACAAUAUAGAGGCAUUUUUACAUACGUAUUUAAAUGAAAAGGAAAAUCGUGGUUUCUUAAAUUGAUAAGGAUUAAGAAUAUUUUAUUAUAAAUAUAAUAUAUGAUUUUUUAACCUGUUUUGUUGCCUCAUAUGCUGUCAGGUUAAUUUGUUUUCCUUCGUGCCAGAAUGGGGGAGGAAGACACUCUGUCUGCUGGGUAAAUGCCUAAAUUCACUCACCUUCAUGGUUUGGGGGCAGCAUGGUCAUUGUGGAUAUUGGUUUUGUGGAGUUGAGGGAACUUAGGAUAUAAGUUCACUCCCUCUAUUUUUCUUUGUGAUUCAGUUUUUCAAAAAUCUUUUUUUCUUCCCUUUCUCCCCAAUGUGGAAAUUACAAAUCAAAGGCCUUUUUCUUUAAUGUAAAGUGUAUUUAUUUAAAAAAAAUACAAAAUAAACUACAAGUCUGUCUUUGUUUAUGGCCUUUCCCUAUUUUCUUUUACCCAAGUGGGGUGUGUCCCUUUUUUGCAGCUCUAGCCACGCCAUAGAGGAGACACCUUCCAGGAGAGGCAGGGAGAGCAUGUUCUGCCCACAUAGAGCACUCCGGGGAGGAAAGUAGCUUACUCACAGUGUCUGCCUCUGCCCUGUAGCUCUCUCAUGGGGAGGACCUGCUUUUGUAAGGGUAAUGUGGAGAGAGGAGAAGUCAGGGCUGUGUCCCCUGUGGACGCAGCUCUCUGUCCUCAUGUUCUGGAUCCAGUAGGCUGCUCCCAAGUACAGAUUUGGUGGAACUGGAAAGGGAGGUAUUCUGGGAAGUUUUGGAGGAUGCAGCUGGCAUAGCUAAGGAGUGAGAGCAUUUUGGCCUUCUGUGUAGCUGGGGCAACGGCCACUAAUGUUUUCUGAGAGGGAUUGUGACAGUGGACUUGAGCAGUCCUGGCAGGUUUGGGGUAGUGGAGCUUGGUCUGUGUUUGUAGAAAGAUACUUCAGAGGCCCCUAAAAUUGGCCUAUGGUGAAACUGUGUAACCAUCAGGCAAAGGACCAGGGAUUUCUACCUUUUCACUCACCCACCCCACCCUGUUUUCCAUUCCCACAAUAAAUACAAGAUCAUAGUCUCUUUCUUCGUUUGAUUUUGCCCAAAUAACAGCUGCUCAGUUUGUUACAUAGGUAUUAUCCAGCUAAAGUGACUUCUCUCCCUUAACAGAGAGAAGAGGGGACAAAUUUGUGAAGUAAACAAGAAACACAAGAUGGCUAAAACUCUCCAGGGGCAGGUAAAGCCCUGCUGGGCUUAGGAGCACUAUAGAAUUUGCUGUACACACUGAAGUGGGUCUGUGUCACACAGGUAUUUCUUAGUCCUCUGGAGAGCAGAGGACUCAGCUCUUUUGCUUCAUGCCUCACUUUAAUGGUAGUUAACACUUAACCAGUGGAAUAGUCUGACUGCUGGUACUGACCAGCAUCGGAAGAAAACAGGUUAACAAUCAAGAAGUAGUGAAAGCACUAUAUUCUAGUCAUUAACUCAGUGGAGCCAGUCUCAACUCUGCUGGGAGCACCCACAGGUCUCUAAGGGGGAGAUAGGAACUAUAAUAGGGAGGCAGAAUUCGGGUUGGCUUGACAACACACCCUUAGGAACAUGUGCUAAGGGGCUAAGGAAGCAUCAGCUCUCUUCCUUAUUCUACCAGGGCUCAAAAUCGGAGUCACAUAGGAGGCAGCAUGAGAACAGUGGCACACCACCGGUGAGGCAAAUGUUGCCUUUUUGUCUUUAAGCAACACCUUAGACAGGACCUGAACCCUGGGUGGGGUCACUGGAUGCCUGAAGUAAGAGUUUUCUCACUGGGGCAGUUUCAUAAAAUCAUCAGGGCAUUGACCACCUGACUUCCCCUCACUAGUGCUGGCCAAGGCCCGAGAGUUCACAGAACCUGCUGGGUCUUAAGAGCCAGAGGAAGUGGUUGAGGGCCAAGAAAGAGAAGGAAGGUCAUGCCAGGGUGUUACUCCUCACCAAAACUUGGCAGUUCUUUUUGGGGCCAUGGGGCACCUUUCUCUGAAGAGGGGUUGGAUAAGGCAAAGGUUGAAGUGUCUUCUCCAGGCACGUUUUCUAGCAUGUUUCCUUUUACUUGGUUCUGUCUCAGAAAGCUGGGAGGUAGAUUCUUCCGGGUCCUGAGCACCCGCUUCAUGAAGGAAGAUAGGUAGCCCAGAGAAGUUUUGGACUUACAUACCAAGGCAGCUCUGGCCUGUGACUCAGGCGUUUGUUGGAGAUCUGCAGGAAAAACCCUGCAGUGUGCCUUCAACAGGACAAGACCCACUCCUGUUUCUGGCAGUACCAGCUACCCUGGAAUGGUGGCAUGUCCUGCUGUACCCAGCUGACUUGCUAGGUACCUAGCAAGCUGUGACCACAGCUCAAGUAAAAACAGGCAAAUAAAUAAACAUGUUUAACAUGU